AGGGCCAAAAGAAGAGAUGAAAGAAUGUGGAAAAAAACGGUGUCCAACUUGGAGAAAUUAUGAUUGUGUUGGUCGAUUAAUUAUACCAUGUAGUCUUUAUCAUAAAUUACAGUUUGCUGCAGAUAAAGAUGUUUACAUGCCACUUAUUGACAACUUGAAUGUGGAUCAGUACAAGCAUAAGCAAUAUCUCAAAACAGUCUUUUCUGGUGAACAGCUUUGCGAAAAGUAUUUUCGUUAUAUUUGUUCGAAAUCCACGUUUACUGUUUAUUUGGGUUGGAAAAGUGGAAAUAAUUGGUUGAAAUUGGAUAGACAAGGAUGUUGUAAGGGAUAUUAUUAUAACGGAACUAUUUGUAUUCCUGACUAA